UAUAUAUAUAUAUUUAGUAGAUUAAUUUAUAAAAAUUUAAGUAAAUACUCAUAAUCUAAUUAUCAUAUAUAGUAUGGUGACCAGAAUCAGUCUGAUCGUGACCAUCUUCGCCGCCGUCCUUGCGCUGGUGGCCACUGCCAAUGACACCGCCCUGAUCCCAGCCGACAAGUCUCAGCUCAACACCUGGUUCAAGGCCAAUGUUAAGCCCCUCAGCACCCGCAAGGGAGAGCUCGACCCCAACCUUGAAUUUGCUGAGUCCGCCCCCCCUAAGGUCAUCAAGGUUAGGCAGGACGGCUCGGGAGAAUUCAAGACCAUCUCAGAGGCCGUCCGUAGCAUCGAUGUCGGCAACAGCAAGCGCAUCAUUGUCUCCAUUGGACCCGGGGUUUACAACGAGAGGGUCAAGAUCGACCGCACCAAGCCCUUCGUCACCUUGUAUGGGCUCCCCAACAACAUGCCCAAGAUCUCAUUCAACGGGAAUGCUGCCCACUUCGGCACCGUCGACAGCGCCACCUUGAUCGUGGAGUCCGAUUACUUUGUUGCUGCCAACAUCAUUGUUGCGAACUCUUCCCCGAGGCCUGACGGUAAGACGCCGGGACAGCAAGCGCUUGCAGUGAGGAUCUCCGGCGACAAAUCAGCCUUCUACAACUGUCGGUUCAUUGGAUUUCAGGACACCCUCUGUGACGAUCGUGGUUUCCACUUCUUCAAGGACUGCUACAUCGAGGGAACCGUUGACUACGUCUUCGGCUCUGGCACAUCCCUCUACCUAAACACACAGCUGCAUACGCUCGGAGACAGCGGCCUGACCGUGAUCACUGCCCAGGCCAGGGAGAGCAACGCUGAGGACACCGGUUACUCCUUCAUCCACAGCUCAGUCACCGGUAUAGGGAAUGGCACCUACCUAGGACGGGCGUGGAAAACUGCCCCCAGGGUCAUCUUCGCCUUCAGCGACAUUAGCAGCGUUGUCACUCCGGCCGGAUGGUCCGUCAACAACCACCCGGAGCGCGACCAAACUGUGGUGUUUGGCGAGUACAAGAACACGGGUGUGGGAGCAAAUCCAGCGGGCCGGGCAAAGUUUGUGAAGCAAAUGACGGAUGCAGAAGUGCGGCCCUUCCUUGCCCUCGGCUACAUUGUGGCUUCCAGAUGGCUGCUUCCACCCCCCAAAUUGGCCGUCUAGGAGGCCCACCGUUGCACAUACAUACAUACAUAUGUAUAUAUAUAUAUAUAUAUACACACACACACACAUACUAACACACAUACGCGUUAAUCAAGAAGCCAAUCGAUAUCUCUUUUUUUAUAUGUAAAAGGAGAUAACCAUAUUGGAAAAUAAAAACGAAAUUAAUAAGUCA